AUUUUCCGCAAUUUCUUUCACUGACAUAACAUCUGACAUUUAAGAACUGCAAAAUAAGUGAGUAAAAUUGUGAGAUUCAAGUUCUGAAUUUUUAUUUUAAGGUGGUUAACUCAAUUGCAUUGGGUCUCCUAAAUAAGAUUACAAAAUGAAUACACUAAUGAGAAGGGGCUUCCAGCCAUUGUUUAAUAGUACAAUUCGAGCUUCAUGUCGUACAUUUGCCGAUGUUAAAAUAAACGAGAAAAUAGACAAAAUAGUAAAGGAUAAUAAGGUCGUAGUGUUUAUGAAAGGUGUACCAGAUGCACCGCGAUGUGGAUUUAGCAACGCUGUUGUUCAAAUUAUGAGGAUGCAUGCAGUUCCUUACGUCAGUCAUGAUGUCCUCUCAGACGAAAAUCUACGACAAGGUAUUAAGGAAUAUUCCAAUUGGCCAACAAUACCACAGGUGUUUAUUAAUGGAGAGUUUGUUGGAGGCUGCGAUAUAAUGCUUCAAAUGCACCAGUCGGGUGAAUUAGUGGAGGAACUGAAAAAAAUUGGUAUACAGAGUGCUCUAUUGACAGCUGAACAAUCCAAGAAAGAAGAUAAAAAAUAGAUAUUGAGAAGGUAGAUCUUAAAAGUCGAUCAAAUUACAUAUAAUAGUAUUUAUUGCAUUCAUCUGUUGUUAUAUGUUUUAUUUAUUAUGUUAUAGAUAUAUGUUAUCAAAAGCACAAAAAACUGGGUAUUACUUUGAAUAAAAUCAUGCUAUAGGCCUUAGCGCUCAGGUCUAAAUGACUUUAAUAUUCUUGUGAAGCUAUUUUAAAGUUAAUUUAGUACACCUAAGUUGCAAUUAUUAAAAGCUACGUUUAAAUUUUCUUUGUCAGACACAGUCUGCUAUGAUGUGAGAAAUACUGUAUGUCUUCACUAAAAUUGUAUCACUGUUAACAUAUAAAAUAUUGAUAUUAUUUUCAUUUUAUAGAGUUUCUAAGUCAGGGAAAUUCUAAAAGAGUUUAUUGUCCACUCAUGAUGAAUUAGAUUUUAUCAUAUCUAUCAGUACUUUAGGUAUUUGUAUGGAAAAUAAUUUAAAACUUAAAAUUGUUAAUAUUUUAUUGAUGUCAUAAUGUAGAUCCUCAUUUUAUUAAUGUAAUGUUUUUUGCUGAAUGAUUUUUAACAUACUUUCAUAACCUAUGACCUCUUUAUCAAUUGUAUGGACGGUUUGAACCAAAUAAAAUGUUUGAUUAGGUUUAUUAUUGUUCUAGAUAGUAUAGUUUAGGAUAUAAUUGUGCAUUUUUUUGGUAAUUGGCUAUCUUAGUUAUAUAGAAGUUUGUAAAAUGAAAUAAAACAAUUUAAUGUUUAAGAGCUCUUUAUUAAAUUAGCUGUACAUUCGA